GACGCACUCAUACAUUUCGCUCAGACGAUAAUAGAUAUCGUGAACAAAAACAACUUGGCUCAGAGAACUUAUAGAGAUGUCGCCGCCAGAACAAUGAACUGUGAACAAAUUGUACCAGGACAUCUGCUUCUUCAGACCCUUAGGGACAACAUAAUCCACCAAUCACAGACCGCCAACCCGAACUGGGACGCUGUGAGAGAUCUGAUUGGUGAAUAUUUGUUUACACUGCAGGAGUUUUACAGCAACACAAACUGGGUGGAAAUGUUUGGAAACCGCGUGUGCCAAGAGCUAGGAAUUUCGGGAGAAUCUCUUCCCUAUAAAGUGUCUGAUUCCGACAAAGUCACUUGUACGAGCUGCAAUUAUACCAAAGAGGCAGUUCAGCAGAAGUCUUGUGUUGACAACAUGCGCUCUGACGGACAGCUCCUGACCAGUGGAUACACCAGCUACCAGAACAUCAACAAACCUAUAGGACAGUUUCCGCCAAACAUGGGAAAGUGUAGUCAUGGCGGUCCAUAUGAUAACAGCAAGGACAUUCCCGCCACAGGGGGUAUAAACAAAGAAACAACCAGUCCAGAGUUAUCUCCUCAUUUUGACCUACAUCAGCUGGCUGGGGAGGCAGCCAUACAGGCGACCUACGAUUUUUUUGUUGGGAACGGCACAGGACUUCUAUCCAUUUUGGGAACUGAAACAUUUAAAGAAAUCAUGGGUAUGAACUACAAGAAUCCUUGUUACAACUGCCUUUCACCGGGUUUGUCUGUAGUAUUUGUUAUCGAUGACACGGGAUCCAUGAGUGUAGAAAUAAAUAAUGCAACUGCAUACAGUGUUGACAUCGUUAACCAAGCUAAUGCUCUAGGAUCCAAUGGGCCUUCGAACUUUAUUCUGUCGAUCUUUAAUGACCCAGGCACUUCUAUCCACAAAACAACUGAUGGGAACCAGAUGAAGAAAUGGUUACAAAACAUGACAGCGCACGGGGGCGGAGACUGCCCAGAAAUGGCCCUCGCUGGGAUAAUAAAUGCACUGAAAAUAGCAAACCCAGGAUCUUGUGUGUUUUUCUUCACCGAUGCUGACGCAAAAGACCCAGAGAGAAUGAAUGAAGUUAUAACCUUGACCAACGCCAAACACUUGAAACUAGUCUACUUCCUGCGAGGGGAUUGUGGUGGUGAAAGACGAAGACGUCGGUCGGAAUUCACGGUUCAAAACCCUAAGUGUAUUCUAAACGACAACUCGAGAAAAGCGGGGCGGUUUCGAAGAUCAUCGGCAGGAUUUGACCUUUUUCGCAAUAUAGCGGCAGCUACUGGGGGACAAAUUGUCCACACCUCUUCUUCCUCUCUAGGGGGAAUUCUGGGAUCUUUUGUAAAGAACAAUAUGGGAGCAUCAACAUUAAAAAUAACGUCCUUUGAAAUGUCUGCAUCUACACACUCGAUUUCCGUGGAUUCUGAUCUUUCACUACUGACGGUUACUAUUGAAGGUCUGUCGUCUGCAACUUUUGUCUCCUUGGUUCGGCCAGAUGGUUCCUACCAGCAAUAUAGUGGAACAGCUUCUAUAGAUGAAAUAGGAAGCACUACCGUUAUAUCAGUUCAGAACCCCCCUGCAGGUGAAUGGAAUCUGCACAAAAGUGAAUUAGGAACGUGGAAAGUGAGAGUAGGCGGAAGUGGAAACAUUGACUUUACGUACAAGUUUAUGGAGGACGUGCGCGGCACCAAGUAUCCCAUCAUCGGAACCAGUCCCAUCACAGGAUCUAAACUCCUCAUCAGCAUCAGUGUCACGGGCUUGUCCCCCUCAGCAAGGGUCACAAAUAUCAUUCUUAAAAAACCUAACGGUGUCAUUCUUACCAAACUUCCGGUUUCUGAUACAUCAAGCGAAAGCAAUCGUGUCCUAUAUGCUUAUUAUGACGUCACACCCGAGGAGUUUUUUGUUAGCAUCAAUGGAAGCAUUGACACAAACAUCUUCACCCGGGAGAAGUCAGAUAUAGUCAAACCUGUAACAGGGGAGAUAACCUUCACCUCUAAGCCAGAAAACCUUAUUCUUGGAGAAACUUCAGUGAUAGAUGUCGCCGUGAAAAAUACAGGAAGUACAUCACAAACCUACCAAUUGACAGCCACCUCCGUCCCCAGUGGAUUUCCCACGCAGCGUUCUUACUCCGUAACAGUGGGCCCUAGGAGUAGUAAAGAAAUACGUCUAACACUGAAACCUAACAACGUCUCUGUUGCGACUUUAUCAGUGAAGCUCACGUUAGGGGGACAGACUCUACAGACCAUCUCACGGACACUGAUUGUUGUAGAUGUACCGCCACCAAAAUUCAACGAAGUGAAUCGAACCUCCAACUGCCGACAGGAAAUGUUAAACUACUAUAACUGCAAGAAACAAAACUGGACUUUGGUUUUAGAUGUCGCUUUUAGAGCCAGCCUCAGCCAGUUAUAUGUUACACCGACUACUGUACAGUUUAAGUACGCACGGAAUUCACCGUCUGUUUAUGUAACAACCUUAAGUGGCACCUGCUGUACUUACCAAUCUCAACUGACGGCCAUCGACACACGUGGAAAUAUAAAAACAAAAACGAUUGAUUUCUUGGGAGGAAAUGUUUUCAACACAACAGUUGAAAACUUCGAUAUCUUGACUAAACCAAUUCCAAUGAAGACCGAUAAAAAACACGAGUCCCUGGUACAUUACAUAAAGGUUCUGACGCUCGCUGGUGCAGGAACCAUGGUGCUUGCUCUCGUAGUUGCCAUAAUGUUAUUAUUUUGGCUAGAUAGGGAUGGCAGAAUGGUCCACUUUCUCCAGACUGUUGAAGAUAUCAUCAAUAAGGUCGCUCAGACCCAGAGGUAUCACUAUGAUGACUCAACAAGAACCAUGAGCUGUAACCAAAUCGAAGCAGGACACCUGCUUCUGCAGUCUCUUAGAGACGAGAUAAUUAACCAAUCACAGACCGCCAACCCGAACUGGGACGCCGUGAGAGAUCUGAUUGGACAAUAUCUCUUCACAUUGCAGGAGUUUUACAGCAAUACAAACUGGGUGGAAAUAUUUGGGAACCAAAUCUGCCAAGACCUAGAUGAAUGUUACUUAGAUCCUCGGAAAAAACAAGAAGUAAACAAAGAAACGUCCAGACCCGAGAAUACACUUGACCAUCUUCAACAACAGGCGAUGGAGGCAGCUACACGGGCUUCUGUGGAAUUUCUGAUUGGGGAGGGUACCGGUUUAUUACAUAUAAUUGGAAUUGACAAAUUCAAAGAACUCCUUGGUAUGACCUUGAAGAAGCCGUGUUACAACUGUCUUACCCAGGGUCUAUCUGUAAUUCUUGUCAUGGAUGGGGCGGGGUCAGUGAGUAGAGAAACAAGGGCGACAACUCGGAGCAACAUUGAUGCUAAUCAACAUGAAUCCAAUGAGCGAAUGAGGCGCGGUUCAGGAGGACUUGAUUUCUUUGAUAAGAUAGCGUCAGCCACUGGCGGCCUUAUUGUACAUACCACCUCUACAUCUCUCGGCACCAUCCUGGGGUCUUUUGUAGCGAACAAUAUGGGUGUAGCUGGUUUAGAAGUGGACUCGUUUACGAUGAGUUCAGGGACAGAACACACGUGGUCAGUGGAUGAGGACCUGUCCCUCCUGACUGUCAGAAUAGAGGGCGUGUCCUCAACCUCAAUGUUAACCCUAGACCGACCAGACGGCAGCACACAGGCCUUCUCUGGUUCUGCCUCUGUAGAUGUUAUUGGAAGUACGACUGUUUUAUCAAUACAAAAACCUCCAGCGGGAAAGUGGACAUUGCACAAAAUGGAAUCGGGAAUUUGGAAAGUGAAAGUAGGCGGAAGUGGAAACAUUGACUUUACGUACAAGUUCAUGGAGGACGUGCACGGCAUCAAGUAUCCCAUCACCGGAACCAGUCCCAUCACAGGAACCACAGUCCUCCUCAGCGUUACAGUUACCGGACUUCCGGUUGCUGCUCGAGUCUUGCAUAUCAUCCUAAAGACACUGGACGGCGCCAUUCUUAAAGUUCUCCCUGUCAAAGACAACUAUAGUGACGCAAGUCGCGUGCUUUACGCUGAGUAUAAUGUGACAUCUGAGGAGUUUUUGGUCAGUAUAAAUGGAAGUCUACACUCUCAAACUUUUACUCGUGAGAAAUCUGAAGCUGUGACCCCUGUCACCGGGAGCGUUGAGUUCUCAUCUAAACCAGAAAAGCUGGUUCUGGGAAAAACAUCAGUGAUAGAAGUUAAUGUAACAAACACCGGAAGUGCGAGGCGUGUAUUUCAAGUGACAAAGACAUCCACCCCUGCGGGAUUUGUGACAGGGUCAUCUCUUCCCGUGUCUGUGGCUGCUCAUGCCUUUAAGAUCGUUAAUAUCCCAGUCACUGCAAAGUCCUUGACCUUAGCAUAUCUGACAGUCAAGUUGAAUUUAGGAGGGACAACCCUUCAGACCAUAAAACGAACACUACAGGUUGCAGAUGUGGCACCACCGGAAAUGAGCACAAUAAACAAGACUAACAAUUGUGAAAAAGCCUCGAUGAAUUACUUUAAUUGUUCGUUGCAAAAAUGGACCACAGAAAUGGACAUUGAAUUCCAUGUAAACAUGAGUAGGAUGUAUGCGACACCACGUGACCUGGCGUUUACCUUUACUCUGAGUUCAACCUCUCCUGAUAUAUACACAGCUAUUCUUAGCGGGACGUGCUGUGUUUAUCGCUCCACCGUGACGGCCAUUGAUAUGCGAGGAAACAUGAAGACUUGGCCAGUGGACUUUUCGGGGGGAAAAACCUUCAAUACCACCGUGGAAAAUUUUGAUCGCCUUGUCAAAUCGGUCGAUAAGGAGAAGAUCUCGUCCGUUUCCAAUAAAAGCUUUCUGUACGGUGUGAUUGGCGGGGGGAUCGGUGGUCUAGUGGUAGUAGCCGCCAUUGUAGCAGUGUUAGUGUACAUGAAUAGAGCUCAUGGGAAGGCCCCGAAGGAUGAUGGGAUAGACUCUCUGUCAGCAUCAUGCUUUGAAGCUUCAUUCAAGUAUGCUGACCGGAGUAGUCGGACAUCCUUUAUGAAGAGGACUUGAUAAUUGACUAAUAAGUCAUAACUGUACAGUUAAAAAAAGAUAACAAUGAAUCAGGUUUAUGUUAUGCUAACACUUAUAAAAUAUUUUUACAUAUCAAAUUUUUUCAUUGUACAAAAUAUAAUCUGAUACCCAAUGAUGUAAACCUUUACAGUGCACAUAGAGGACAGCUUCAUUUCAAUUUUAUUUACUUAUUUAUUUAAAUGGAUAGCUAAUGGUUACACUAAUAUAUAAUUUUAAAAAAAACCACUAUAACAAAUUGUAAUAACCUAACAAUACUUAUCAAAAAGUACCAAUUGUAACUAGCUUUUCUCUUUUUAUAAAAUAACAUUCAUACUGGUAUAUGUUUUUGUAUUGCACAAUGGUUGAUUUGAAAAUGAAUUGAGUAUACUAACUUUUGAUGAUGUUAGAUGUAAACUGUUAAAGCUAUAUAUGCCGUUUUUAACGCAAAUUUUGCAAUGGAGGAAAAUAGACCCGAAUUUUGUCAUUAUGAUGACCAUAUUUGAAAUUAUUCAAAUUUAUUUCUUAUGCAUAUUCAUCAACGAUUCACAGAUGUGUAGGUUAGCGUAUGUGUGCGGGGGAAACAGCAUUGGGGAAAAUGCAUGCAAGCAAGUUUAUUUCCAAAAUUCAAUUGUAUGAAAAAUAUCUUUAUGGCACUGACAAAAAAGUAAUUACUUCAUAACUUUACUUACGAAUGGGUAAAUGUUAAUGAUAUCAAUGAAUAUAUGGACCACCUAUUUCACACUCAAAAAAUAGUAUAUACAUUGUAAAUUUUGUAGGGACUGUAUCUCAAAACUUUUAUUAUGUCUCUGUAUGCAAAA